GUAUUGUGGAACUUAUCUUUCGAUGUUUUGCAUUCAUUUAAUAUUGGCAACAGCUGAUAUUUAUUAUUUAGAUUAGAGUUUAUAAAGUUUACAAAAUUCACGGGAAUGGCAGUUCAAUAUAAGUACUUUGCAUAAAAGUAAAUGUUGAGAAGUUUAACGCUGUAAAAUUCAUGAGUUAUUAUUGAAGUUCUUACACAUAUUUCUUUGAAAUGACGCCAAAAGCUGAUGAAGAUAGAUCCACUUUUUUGGGAUUUGAUUUAAGCACACAAAAACUCAAAGCUGUCCAGUUGUCUUCCAAAUUAGAGGUUAAUGCAUCUGCUGAAGUAAAGUUUGACUCAGAUUUGCCUGAAUUUCGUACUAGUGGUGGUGCUAAUGCCGGUUCCCGGCAUCAUGAAGUUUUUGUGCAACCUGUAAUGUGGGUCAAAGCAAUUGAUAUUGUGCUGGAUCGUUUGGUGAUGCAAGGUGCUGAUCUCAGUACUGUGAAAGCGAUAGGUGGCUCUGCCCAGCAACAUGGUUCUUUAUAUUGGUCGCGUCAUGGUGUUCAAACUUUGAAGAACUUGGAUCCGGAAAAGUUUCUUCAUAUUCAAAUAGAUGAUUCCGCUUUUACCGUGAAUCGUACACCAAUUUGGAUGGAUGGUUCAACGGAGAAGCAAUGCAUAGAAAUGGAAACUGCAAUUGGAGGACGUAUGGAGAUGGUUAACAUCACUGGGUCUAAAUGUUAUGCUCGGUUUACUGGUCCACAAAUUAGAAAAAUUUACCAAGAGCGUUCACAUGCUUAUGAAGAAACUCAACGCAUUUCUUUGGUUAGCAGCUUCUUAGCUUCCGUAUUUCUGGGUGAUAUUGCACCUAUCGAUUUUGGUGAUGCAUCUGGUAUGAAUCUUUUUGAUAUUAAAGCGAAAAAUUGGUCCAAACCCUGUUUGAACUCCUGUGCGCCUGACUUGGAGGAGCGGUUAGGUGAAGCAGUACCCACUAGCGCUAUAAUUGGUAAUGUUUGUGAUUUCUUCGUGCAACGGUUCGGGUUUCCUGUUGAAUGUAAGGUGACAGCUUUUACGGGCGAUAAUUUAUCGGCUUUAUCUGGAAUGGCAGCUGAGCAAGAUAGUUUGGUCAUGUCUUUGGGAACAAGCGAUACAUUAAUGAUGAAUCUAAAAGAACAGCCUCAUCUUGAAGAAGGACACGUGCUAUGUCACCCAACUGAGCAUGAUCAAUUUAUGGGUUUAUUAUGUUUUCGAAACGGUUCUCUGGUACGUGAUGAUUUCAAUAAAAGUGAAGCCAACAAUGACUGGAAAAAAUUUAAUGAGUUACUUGAUUCCACACCACGUGGAAAUUACGGCAAUAUGGCUUUACAUUUCAAUUCCAUCGAAAUAAUACCUAACAUUCAAGGGGUCUUGCGCUGGACUAGAAGUAGUUCAGCGGAAAAUGCUGAGUCAGCGAAAGGUGUACAAAAAUUUUUAUCUCCUCAAACCGAAAUUCGUGCCUUGAUUGAGGGUCAGAUGUUGCAUAAACGAGCUGUAGCUGCAGACAUGGGAUUCCAUUUCGGCAGUAAUACAAAAAUUAUAGCCACUGGCGGUGCAUCUGUUAAUAAAUCGAUAUUACAAGUGAUUUCGGAUGUAUUCAAUGCGCCAGUUUAUGUGCAGAAUGAGAGUGAAGCGGCUUUAUUUGGUGCGGCAUACCGGGCAAAAUAUUCUCUUUAUUUAGAUUCAUUAAAAUCAACCGAUGAAGGUUGUGUAUGUAAUGGAAAUAUCAAUACCGAGAAUCCAACAUUCCCACCGCAAAACUACCAUAAUUAUAUUAUGCAAUUCAUUCCAAAUCUUUUGCAACUAAUUUGUGAGCCCAGCAAAGAUUGUGAACAAAUUUAUGCACCAAUGUUAGAGCGCUAUCGUAGUAUGGCGGCGGUUUUGGGAACAUAUUCACGUCGCCUGUUGACCACACUACAUUAGAUGUAUGAAAAACGGCUUUCGAACUCGCUUCAUUAGAUGUAUGUUAAACAUUCCCAUUGGUAGUUAUUUGAAAUACCAAUCAAUAUCAAAAUUUGCAUAAUUUUAAUAAAUGCUAACUGUUCCUUAAAUUUUAUAUUUUAUAUACUCAUGUACAAGUACAUUUUUUGAUAUCAAAUCUAUAGUGAAAAUAUAUUCCAGUUUACUAACAA